UUGUUUUCUGUCAUUCCUUUUGCUUUAUUGUAGUAUUGUAGUAUUGUUAGGGUCAAAUAGCUGAAUAUAACAACAUAAGACUAUAGAAUAGUAGUAGUUAAUAGUAGAAGGCACAAGUGUGGCUGCGUUGGGAGCAAAUCAGGGUUCGGGUUCAAGCAGCUGACUUACCCGGACUCUGCGCGAUCACGGCGACUCCCCCCAUCUGCCUCGCUGCCUGCGCCCUCUUCCUCUUUCUAUCUCGCUCUACUCCUUCCUUCUGCACACUCUACUUCCCCAUCACCGCACCGAUACAAUCAUGAAUCCUGAAUACGACUACUUGUUCAAACUGCUGUUGAUCGGCAACUCUGGUGUGGGCAAGUCUUGCCUGCUGCUGCGUUUUGCGGACGACACAUACACCGAGUCCUACAUAUCGACGAUCGGAGUCGAUUUCAAGAUCCGCACUAUCGAGCUGGAUGGAAAGACAGUCAAACUUCAGAUUUGGGACACGGCUGGACAAGAGCGAUUCCGCACAAUCACUGCGUCAUACUAUAGAGGUGCGCACGGAAUUAUAAUUGUGUACGAUGUGACGGACAUGGAGAGUUUCACGAACGUGAAGCAGUGGCUGCAGGAGAUUGACCGCUAUGCGACGGAGGGGGUGAACAAGUUAAUAGUGGGCAACAAGUCCGAUAUGGCGGACAAGAAGGUUGUGGAGCACACUGUUGCGAAGGAGUUUGCGGACAGUCUCAACAUUCCGUUUUUGGAGACGUCGGCGAAGAACGCGACGAACGUCGAGCAGGCGUUUUUGACGAUGGCGAGACAGAUUAAGGAGCGGAUGGGGACUGCGCCUGCGAGCAGUGGAAAGGGACAGGUGCGGAUUGGAGAGGGCGAGACAAUCAGACCUGGAGCUGCGGGAGGCUGCUGCUGAGUUUGUUUUAUAGUUUUUACCUAUUUCUAUUUUAAUAUUUGUUUUUGUUCUUUUUUGUUUUGAGAGGAGGAGAAGGAAGAGAAGAGAGGAUAAGAGAAGUGGAUGAUGAGUGAGCGCGGUAUACUCUUUUACUCUUCUUUUUUUUAUAAUCGAUUUGAUUUACAGAUUUAAGGUCAAUGUGUAAUUUUGCUUUGUCUUUUAUGAUUUGUUAUAAGCACCU